AUGAAUAUGGUCCGAAAGCUUGGGAUUGACUCUGUUGUGCGAUCUUCUGAGCCGAAUACUGCUGUCAUUUCUGCCGCAUCUCCAUGUCCGGUUACAUCCAGCAUCACAUCAACCCCAUCACCAUCAGUGAAACGUCGUUUUCCAGUGGAAUCACCGAGCGUUCGCAAUGAUGAUCGAAGCAUCAAGCGAAUGCGAGAAGAACUGAUCGAGAAACACUCGGUAUGUCCUAAAGUAACUGCUGAUGCAUUGACAACCGAAAUCGAAAAUUAUCUAAACCUCGACAUCGUUUGCGAUGAUGUGCUUCGUUUUUGGCGAAUUUCUACUGAUCGAUUUUCGCAUCUCUCCGCUCUAGCGCGAAUCAUUCUGGCUGUUCCAUCUACUAGCACACCUAGUGAGCAAGUAUUUUCGACAACCGGCUUGAUUGUUAAUUCGAAACGGACAACGCUAGCUCCUGAAAACAUUGGUAAAAUUCAAUUGAUUCAUGAUAAUUAUGAUUUAUUCAAAGGUUAA